CACUGGGAGCGCGCCACUCGAGCGUCUCGGGAUCGACUUAGCGACACGGUCGGUGUUCUUCGGUCCUUUUAUUUGAUCCAAAUGAGUCAGAAGAAGAAUCAAGUUUCGUGGGUGAAGCCCGCCGAGCCGUCCUUUUUACGGAAGUUUAAAAAUGAUGUCGGCUACAAAGAAGGUCCAACGGUAGAGACAAAGAGGCAGACGAUUUCUGCCCCAGCUGAUGACAGUGGCGACAGUGACCAUGAAGAUGAACAGCCUCAGGUGGUAGUUCUGAAAAAGGGAGAUCUGAGUGCCGAGGAGGUGAUGGCCAUUAAGCAGGAAAUCAAAAAAGGCUCAGACCAAGAGGACCCAACUCCUGCAGGAGGUAAGAUUAUGUUCAAGAAGCCAGAAAAGCGCUCCUCGGACACCAAGUUUCAAGGCAUUUCUGCGAGCUCCAUUAAGAAGAAGAAAGAGGAGAAGGACAACAGUCACCCCAGAAAGGAAAGCAGUCAGAAGAGCGUCAAGAACAGCAGCCUGCUGUCAUUUGGGAACGACGACGAGGAGGAGGAUGAAGACUAAGUUUUAAAUGAAUGGACAUGGGAAUGCUUUGAUGUGUGCACCUUUCAGAUUUGUGAAGUUUGUGUCUUUCUCAGAUAAGGACCCCCCAUACCCCCCCUUGGUCUUUUGUGCUGGGCACAGACAAUGAAGUGUAACUGGCAGGCCAGUGGUCUUUGUGAGCCCCUUGUAGUAGGAGUAGGUUUACUACUGCAGUGAUCUCUUUUUUGCUGUUUUCUACUGUGCAGUUUCCUUUGCCUGUUGAGUGGCAUUUGCUCCCCAUUAUCAUGGCACAGCACCUGGGUACUGUCAGCUGGCACAUUUAGGAGGCUGAUUGGCUAAAGCAGGGUUACAUCUUUAAAAAAAACUGUAAACUCUGACAAGAACAAGCCAUCGAGCCCAAGACACCGUAGCAAGUCCUGUUUAGUUAAUGUUUCUGAAACUAGUAAGCUCCGCUCUGAAAGCUUUCACCACGCUUGGCCUUUGGCACAGCGCACGAUCCUAGUGAAGAACACGGUCAGCAAAGCAGAUGGCUCAGUGCUAACAUCUCUGGCAGUGCGACUCCACGAGCUGCUCGUGCAGACGGCUGUUAGAAGGACCACAGUGGUCUUAAGAACCCCGACCUGAGUGGGCACACCAAACGCUUACCAGCAGACCUCCCGGGUGGUCACUGACCUCGGACCAAAGCCUGGGGAUCAUCGGAGGCCGAGACCUGGCAGUGAGUGGACGUGUGGAACGCGUGUGAGUGUAGCGAAGUCCUUCACGAGCUCUCCUUGAAUCUCCUCAGACUUGACGAGCAGCACGUGGGUGGACUUGUAAGAAAGAAGGAGCUUUGGGAAAGAUGACCGCUAAGAAACCCCUAACUGUGAAUUCAGCAGACAUGUUCAGUGUCACCUUUGGCUCACCCUGCAUGAUUUUUGUAAUUAGCAGUAAACUCUUACCAUUAUGUUUCUUAAAAGAGAGCAGUUGAGUUAUUUCGAAAGACUGAGAAUGUCAUUCCUAGAAAUGAAGCUGGCAAUAAAAUCAAAGACUUUCCUCCAA